AUCAACGCUGAGAACACUGAGGAGAACCGCCGUCUUUACCGCCAGCUCCUCUUCACGGCCGACCGUGUAGAGCCAUGCAUCGGCGGAGUCAUCUUCUUCCAUGAGACCCUGUACCAGAAGACAGACGACGGCAAGCUGUUCCCCCAGCUCAUCAAGGAGAGGGACAUGGUGGUGGGCAUCAAGGUGGACAAAGGUGUCGUCCCCCUGGCCGGGACCAACGGAGAGACCACCACUCAGGGUGAGAGAUGACGCCAGGGCUAGGUGACCUUUGACCUCUAGUAUUGAGCUCAACUUUGCUACAUAUGCAGAUUGUAUUCAGGGGAUGGUUUGAAGAGUGAAACUGGAACAAAGUGUCGAGUCAUGUUUAUUUCAUAAUGUUAAACAUAUCCAUCCCCUCUUUAUCACUCACUCACUCACCCUCAGGUCUGGAUGGGCUGUACGAGCGGUGUGCCCAGUACAAAAAGGACGGCGCUGACUUUGCUAAGUGGCGUUGUGUGCUGAAGAUCACUGACACCACCCCCUCAGAGCUGGCCAUCAAGGAGAACGCCAACGUCCUGGCCCGCUACGCCAGCAUCUGCCAGAUGGUGAGAGACACACACACACAUAAAGAACAACAAACGCAUUGAACAUGUGUGAACAUAUUGGCACACAUAAAAUGAGUUGGCACACACUUGGCCCCUACAGUUCACGCUUACAUAACAUCAUUCCCCACUCUUCAUCAAUCUCCACAAAACAAUAUCUAUUUCUUAUAAAUGUUUCACAUCUCUGCUUCGAAAAACCAUAUCACCACUAUAAUUACUUAUCAAGGAGUUGUAGUUUUUUUAGCCUGCUCUGUAGCUAUAGAGGUAACCACCAAGUGAAUCAAAUUAGCUCGAGUGCCAAGUUGCCAACUCCAGUGCCAUUGAAAUGCCGGGCACAGGCACCCUAACCAAUAAAGUUGCAUUGUCUGUUCUGUAGUCAUGAUGCUGGUUGCCAUGCUCCUGUGCCCUUCCCUAGCAUGGCAUCGUGCCCAUCGUGGAGCCCGAGAUCCUGCCAGACGGAGACCAUGACCUGAAGCGCUGCCAGUAUGUCACUGAGAAGGUGAUGGAUUGCUCUGACUAAACAGUGGCUACCUUCCAAUGGCCAUUCUAGAAUGCCACUUAAAAUGCAUGUCUGCUUCAUUCUAAGUAGGCUGCAUUUAUACAGGCAGCCCAAUUCUGAUCUUUUUCCCACAUAUUGGUCUUUUGACCAAUCACAUCAGAUCUUUUCACAUUAGAUCUUGUUCAGAUCUGAUCUGAUUGGUCAAAAGGCCAAUUAGUGAAAAAAAUAUCAGAAUUGGGCUGCCUGUGUAAACGCAACAUUAGUGUGCUAGUGUGGGUAUUGGAAUAGAGCGUGCUUAGUCUGGGUAGGAUAGGAAGACUCAUUAGAUCAAUCAGUCAUUCAAUCAAUUUCAAUGUCAACAUCUCUAACUAUUUCUGUCUGUCUCAUCCCUAUUUCUUCUAUUUCCUUUCUCUCCUUGUCUCUCUCUCUGUCCCCUUGUCUCUCUCUCUCUCUGUCCCCUUGUCUCUCUCUCUCUCUUGCGCUCUCUCUCUCUCUCUCUGUCCCCUUGUCUCUCUCCCCCUCCUCCCCCCCAGGUUCUGGCUGCAGUGUAUAAGGCUCUGUCUGAUCACCAUGUGUACCUGGAGGGCACCCUGCUGAAGCCCAACAUGGUCACCCCCGGACACUCCUGCUCCCAAAAGUACAGCAACCAGGAGAUAGCCAUGGCAACUGUCACCGCCCUGCGCCGCACCGUGCCCCCGGCCGUGCCUGGUGAGAAGGAGAGACAUAUACACUACCAGUCAAAAGUUUGGACACGCCUACUCAUUCAAUGAUUUUUCUUUAUUUGUAAAAAAAUAUUACAUUGUAGAAUAAUAUUGAAGACAUCAAAACUAUGAAAUAACACAUAUGGAAACAUGUAGUAUCCAAAAAAAGUGUUAAACAAAUAUAUUUUAUAUUUGAGAUUCUUCAAAUAGCCACCCUUUGCCUUGAUGACAGCUUUGCACACUCUUGGCAUUCUGUCAACCAGCUUCACCUGGAAUGCUUUUCCAACAAUCUUGAAGGAGUUUCCACAUAUGCUGAGCACUUGUUGGCUGCUUUUCCUUCACUCUGCCGUCCGACUCAUCCCAAGCCAUCUACAUUUCCACCGGUCUAAUGUCCAUUGCUCUUGUUUCUUGGCCCAAGCAGGUCUCUUCUUAUUGGUUUCCUUUAGUAGUGGUUUAUUUGCAGCAAUUUGACCAUGAAGGCCUGAUUCACACAGUCCCCUCUGAACAGUUGAUGUUGAGAUGUGUGUGUUACUUGAACUCUGAAGCAUUUAUUUGGGCUGCAAUUUCUGAGGCUGGUAACGCUAAGGAACUUAUCCUCUGCAGCAGAGGUAAGACAGUUUCAUCAUAGCGCUUGAUGUUUUUUGCGACUGCACUUGAAGAAACUUUCAAAGUUCUUGACAUUUUCCGUUUUGACUGACAUUAAUGUCUUAAAGUAAUGAUGGACUGUCGUUUCUCUUUGCUUAUUUGAGCUGUUCUUGCCAUAAUAUGGACUUGGUCUUUUACCAAAUAGGGCUAUCUUCUGUAUACCCCCCCCUACCUUGUCACAACACAACUGAUUGGCUCAAAUGCAUUAAUAAGGAAAUCAAUUCCACAAAUUAACUUUUAACAAGGCACACCUGUUAAUUGAAAUGCAUUCCAGGUGACUACCUCAUGAAGCUGGUUGAGAGAAUGCCAAGAGUGUGAAAAGCUGUCAUCAAGGCAAAGGGUGGCUAUUUGAAGAAUCUCAAAUAUAAAAUAUAUUUUGAUUUGUUUAACACUUUUUUUUGGUUACUACAUGAUUCCAUAUGUGUUAUUUCAUAGUUUUGAUGUCUUCACUAUUAUUCUACAAUGUAAAAAAUAAAGAAAAACCCUUGAAUGAGUAGGUGUGUCCAAACUUUUGACUGGUAGUGUACAUAUAUAAAUAUGGAGACACACAUAUACACACACAUGCAUGCAUGCACGUGUAGCACAUGGAGAUGUGUGAAACGUACUCCUCAGCCUUAAGUGUCCACGCUUGCGCCGCUCAAGAGCUAGCUUUUGAGUGGCGCAACCCGUAGAUAUGCUUGAGGGAGGACAGUCACGUGUGUUUGUGAAGUAGAGGUCCCGGUUUCGAGCCAGGUAUGUGCCGAAUCGGGAGGAAGUGGUACACACUAAGCAAGCAGCAUGACGUCCUUUACGCACGCACGCACACACUCACUCAACCCACUUUCCACACACACACAUACACACACAUACACACAACCCCCCCCUCCCUCACACACAUCCCCUCCCCCUCUCUUAUCUUACCCUUCCUCUCCCUGUCUCCCUCCCUCCGUCCUUCCCCAGGCAUCACCUUCCUGUCUGGCGGCCAGUCUGAGGAGGAGGCCUCCAUCAACCUGAAUGCCAUGAACCAGUGUCCCCUUCACCGGCCCUGGGCCAUCACCUUCUCCUACGGCCGCGCCCUGCAGGCCUCCGCCCUCAAGGCCUGGGGAGGCAAGCCAGAGAACGGCAAGGCCUGCCAGGAGGAGUUCAUCAAGAGAGCC